CAUGUCGAUAUUGUAGUAGUGAUUGGGAUCAAAGGUUGGGCACGCUCGUUUCGAACCCCGUACUUCAUCGGAUUCUCGGAAAGACUGGUCGAACUGCUUCGCCAACAUACACCGAUACAGGAGCUUAGAAUCGCAAUAAGUCGCAGCCAAAGACAGCGAGCCUGUCGAAGGCACGGAAUUCGCCAUGGAAGACUCUCAAGUGAAGAUCAGAGCCCCGGAGACCCACGGCUUCGAUGCUCUGCUGUUUGACAUGGAUGGCACAAUCAUUGACUCGACACCGGCGAUUAUCAAGUACUGGUUACAGAUGGGCGAGAACAUUGGCGUUGAUGGCAAUGAGAUAUUGAAAACGUCGCACGGCAGGCGGAGCAUCGACGUCCUGUCUAUCCUCGCGCCGAACCUAGCCAACUGGGACUAUGUUUGCAAAGCCGAGGGUCGGAUCCCGAUCGAUUACGGCUCCGACGCCGUCGAAGUGCCCGGGAGUCGUAAAUUGCUUGAUCGCCUGCAAUCACUCAAUGCGCCCUGGGCGAUCGUGACCUCGGGCACCACCCCGCUCGUGACGGGCUGGCUCGACAAAAUGAAACUGGCCCAGCCAAAGCAUAUGGUGACGGCAGAGGAGGUCGAGAAGGGAAAGCCGGAUCCAGCAUGCUACCGACUCGGUGCGAAACGGCUCGGCUUCGACGAUACGAGCAACAAGCGGAUCCUGGUACUCGAGGACGCUCCCGCGGGAGUGCGAGCCGGCAAGGCGGCAGGAUUUGAUGUCCUCGGUCUCGUCACGACGCAUUCCUUUGCAGAACUGCAAACCGCUGGGGCGGAUUGGAUUGUAAAGGAUUUGGACAGCAUCGACUGCAUCGGAAUGCAGACAGGGACCGGGCUAGUCAAGAUUAGGAUCCGAGAUGGAUUGUGGGAGUAAUGGGGAUGUCAGAGGACAGACUCGGUGUGACUCAACUUGCAUGUCACAUUGUAGAAGUCUCCGCCAUAUGCAAGUGCUGUUGAGGGUCAAGGAUGAAGACCCGAGCUUGUACGCCUGUCGGUACCCAUCAGACCUAGAGAAGAAUUGUCAAGUCACUGAUGAGAGGGGAAAUUUGCACGCGAAGAAAUAAUGGUCAUCAAUUCGUUCCACAUAUAUCUAGUCCUUACGAGAGCCUGCUUU